UGUCGUUCGGCUCGGGUUUCCGCUGCUCCUCGCGCCGCGGUCGGCCGCCCGCCUGCCGGUGCCAUAGCUGCCCCCCGCUCCGGGGCCGUCCUCGGGCUCCCGUGCUCCGCGCGAAGCCCUGGCCCCGGCGGCCGGGGCAUGGGCCAAGGGCGCGGGGUUAGGCGGCUUCCCGCAGGGCCGUGCCCCGCACCGGCGGCAGGAUGAAGACCCUCAUAGCUGCCUACUCCGGGGUGCUGCGGGGCGCGCGUCGGGCCGAGGCGGCCCGGAGUGAGAGCUCAGAUGGAGGCCGUGCGCUGUCACGUGAGGGGUCUGGGAGAUGGGGUGCUGGCUCCAGCAUCCUCGCCGCCCUCCAGGACCUCUUCUCUGUCACCUGGCUCAAUAGGUCCAAGGUGGAAAAGCAGCUCCAGGUCAUCUCGGUGCUCCAGUGGGUCCUGUCCUUCCUCGUGCUGGGAGUGGCCUGCAGCAUCAUCCUCAUGUACACCUUCUGCACCGACUGCUGGCUCCUCGCCGUGCUCUAUUUCACCUGGCUGGCCUUCGACUGGAACACGCCCAAGAAAGGUGGCAGGAGAUCGCAGUGGGUGCGGAACUGGGCCGUGUGGCGCUACUUCCGAGACUACUUCCCCAUCCAGCUGGUGAAGACACACAACCUGCUGACCACCAGGAACUAUAUCUUUGGAUACCACCCGCACGGCAUCAUGGGCCUGGGUGCCUUCUGCAACUUCAGCACGGAGGCCACUGAAGUGAGCAAGAAGUUCCCUGGCAUCAGGCCCUACCUGGCCACGCUGGCUGGCAACUUCCGGAUGCCCGUGCUGAGAGAGUACCUGAUGUCUGGAGGCAUCUGCCCCGUCAACCGGGACACCAUUGACUACCUCCUGUCCAAGAAUGGGAGCGGCAACGCCAUCAUCAUCGUCGUGGGGGGCGCAGCUGAGUCCCUGAGCUCCAUGCCCGGCAAAAACGCUGUCACGCUGCGGAACCGCAAAGGCUUCGUGAAGCUGGCCCUGCGCCACGGAGCCGACCUGGUUCCCACCUACUCCUUCGGGGAGAAUGAGGUGUACAAGCAGGUGAUCUUCGAGGAGGGCUCCUGGGGCCGAUGGGUCCAGAAGAAGUUCCAGAAAUACAUCGGCUUCGCCCCCUGCAUCUUCCACGGCCGAGGCCUUUUCUCCCCGGACACCUGGGGGCUGGUGCCCUACUCCAAGCCCAUCACCACCGUCGUGGGGGAGCCCAUCACCAUCCCCAAGCUGGAGCACCCGACCCAGCAGGACAUCGACCUGUACCACGCCAUGUACAUGGAGGCCCUGGUGAAGCUGUUCGACAAGCACAAGACCAAGUUCGGCCUCCCGGAGAGCGAGGUCCUGGAGGUGAACUGAGCCCGCCCCUGGAGGCCAGCUCCCGGAAGGAAGCAGCUGCAAAUCAUUUUCUACCGAGUUCUCAAGUGCUUUUUGUUCUGUAAAUUUAGAAGCGUCAUGGGUGUCUGUGGGUUAUUUAAAAGAAAUUAUACUUUGUUAAACCAUGGCAAUGUUAGGUCUUUUUUCAGGAGGAAAAUGUCACUGCCUACAGCUCUACCCUUUCUGUCCUGUGCUGUCCCAGAUGGCGGCUGACACUGCUGGGCCUCCAUGUCCACCUCUUGCCCUCCCAAAAUGAGGGUGCACACUCGGCCCUGGUCAGCUGGGAAGGAGGGAAGGCUGGCCCCCGGGGACUCUGGCCAGGCGUCACGCUGGCUGUCUGCGGCCAGCAGGGAGACGGGCAGCAGGUGCACGUGCGGGGCUUGACAGGGCAACACGUGGAGGGUACCGCGGUUGUCCCCGUUUGGGGAGGGCCCAGGUGGGCGACUGGAAUGCUCCACCUUGACUCUCCUUUCAGCCUCUCACCCACCCCCAGUCUCAGAUCCUGCCCCCACUGCUGGCGAGGGUGCCAGCAACUCUGCUGUGGACCAGGGCGGGCCCAGACCCACCAGCCUCCACGUUCUGGGGUGGGGGUGGCCUCAGCGCAGGCUCAGUGCCAGCCCAACCCACCACCCCCAAGUGUGAGGGUGAGGAAGGGCCCGUCUUCUAGUCACAGAGGGGCCUGGCCUGCUGCACAGCACAUUGGUCCCAAGACAACAGGCGCAGGCCCCUGGCCUCACCCUUCUGUGCCUUUGUGCGGGUGCCAACCCAGGGAAGAGCCCCAGCCCCUACUCCGUGGCUUCUGUUUGUAUCCUGUCGGACUUUUGUAUAUUCCCGACGAAUAAACAAAAGCAAGAAGCCUC